CAACUGCCCAAAUUAAGCCUCUAGCUUUCCUUCUCUUUUACUCUCUCAAAAUGGCAAUGGCAAGUAUAUCAGUACUUCUGGUUUUGUGUAUGGUGGUGCCAAUUACAUUGGCAACUGAUUACACCGUAGGAGACUCCACUGGAUGGGUAAUGGGUGUUGAUUACAGUACAUGGACUAGUGGCAAGACCUUCACAGUUGGUGACAAGCUUGUGUUCAGCUAUGGAGGUGGGCAUUCAGUGGAUGAAGUGAGUGGUAGUGACUACAACAGCUGCACGGUAGGAAAUUCACUUACAACAGACAGCAGUGGUGCCACCACCAUUACACUCAACAAGGCAGGCACUCAUUAUUUCAUAUGUGGUGCUAUUGGACAUUGUGGGAGUGGCAUGAAGCUUGCUGUCACUGUUGGAUCCGGAUCUCCGACCAGUACCAAUACUUCACCGGCGGCUUCCGGUGGUAGUACUACUACUACUACACCCACCACCACGACGCCAAAAUCCAACAUGCCGGAAUCUUCUUCAGGGAAUCUCUCUCCAUUUGUAGGUCUAGUGAUCACUUGGGUUUCAUUAUUUGUGCUGAAUUUUUCAUGAGUAUGGCAAGGGGGUCCCGCCCUGGCCAGGAUAGAGGCAGUGCUCUGUUCUUCUUCUCUUUAUUUGUGGUGUUGUUAUCAGUUUAUAGGCAUUCACCAGUGUUGUA